AUGAAACACCCUCCUGAUAAAAUUGCCCGUGGCACAGAAGGAGCGUUCAAAGAAAGCGAAGAACCAGAUGAUUAUUUUAGAUCUAUUGAUGAAGAGAAAAGCACAGACGAAGAAAAGAUCGAUGAAUCAUCCGAAGACCAGUCUUCCCUUUACGGUGAAGACAUUGAUAUUUCAGAUCGGAAUAAAGAUGAUGCUUUUUACUAUCGUCAAAUAGAAGAUGACAUUGAUAACAAAGGUAUGAGUCAAAACGAUGAUAAUAAUCAUGAUGACUCAGAAUAUUUUGAAGGUGUUCCCGAUCACUCUGAGAAUUCCGAGUGGAAAGAAAAUGAUAUUGAUGCCAUUUUCGAUUAUGAAGGUGGAGCCGAUGACGAUGAAGAAGCCAACUGGACUAACGGUGAUGAUUACAACGAAAAUGCCGAGUGGAGAGACAAAGAAGGAGGUGACUCUAUCGAUGGUGAAGGUGAUCUGGAUGACGAUGAAGACGCAGAGUGGAGAGACGGUGAUUAUGAUCACUCUAUCGAUAGUGAGCGUGAGCCCAAUGACGAUGAAGAUGCCAAGUGGAGCGACGGUGAUGACUUAAUCAACAGUGAAGGUGAGCCGGAUGUCGAUGAAGAUGCUGAGUUAAGUGGCGGUGAUCGUGAUGAGUCUAGCGAUGCUGAUGGUGAACUCGAUAGAACUGAAGACUCAACUGAAAACAAUGAUGAUCCUGAUGAUUACUUCGGUAUUGAGGACAAGCACAGUGAUUAUUCUGAUGGUGAACUAGAUGGCGAUGAAGAUAUCGAAAGGAGUGAAAGUGAGGAUGAUGACCUCAUCCAUAGUGAAGGUGAGCCAGAUGGCGAUGAAGAUGCCGAGUGGAGUGACAGUGAAGAAGAUGACUUCAUUGAUAAUGAAGGUGAGCUGGGCGGCGACGAAGAUGUCAAAUGGAGAGAUAAUGACGAUAUUGACCUCGUGGAUAGCGACGGUGAGCAAAAUAGCGAUGAAGAUGCCGAUUGGAUAGACAGUAAAGAUGAUGACUUCAUCGACAAUGAAGGUGAGCCGGAUGACGAUAAAGAUGUCGAGUGGAGAGACAGUCACGAUGAUGGCCCCGUCGAUAGUGAUGGUGAGACUGAUGGUGAUGAAGAUAUCGAGUGGAGUGACAGUGAUGAUAAUUCUAUUGAUAGUGAAGGUGAGCCGGAUGGCGAUGAUGAUACCGAUGGGAGAGACAGUGACGAUAAUGACCUCAUCAAUAGUGAAGGUAGGCCUCAUAAAAAUUACCCUAGAGAUUCACAUCAUAAUCAAGAUGAUGUAAACGGCUCUCCCUGUUCUAAAGGUGAGCCAGAUGGCGAUGAAGAUGUCGAGUGGAGGGACACUAAAGAUGAUGACCUUAUCGAUAGUAAAGGUGAGCCGGAUGGCGAUGAAGAUGUCGAAUGGAGAGACAGUGACGAUGAUGACCUCGUUGAUGAUGAUGGUGAGCGAGAUAGCGAUGAAGAUGCCGAUUGGAGAGACAGUGAAGAUGAUGACUUCAUGGAUAGUGAAGGUGAGCCGGAUGGCGAUGAAGAUGUCGAAUGGAGAGACAGUGACGAUGAUGACCUCGUUGAUGAUGAUGGUGAGCGAGAUAGCGAUGAAGAUGCCGAUUGGAGAGACGGUGAAGAUGAUGACUUCAUGGAUAGUGAAGGUGAGCCGGAUGGCGAUGAAGAUGUCGAAUGGAGCGACAGUGACGAUGAUGACCUCGUUGAUGAUGAUAGUGAGCGAGAUAGCGAUGAAGAUGCCCAUUGGAGAGACAGUGAAGAUGAUGACUUCAUGGAAAGUGAAGGUGAUCCGGAUGGCGAGGAAGAUGUCGAAUGGAGAGACAGUGACGAUGAUGACCUCGUUGAUGAUGAUGGUGAGCGAGAUAGCGAUGAAGAUGCCGAUUGGAGAGACGGUGAAGAUGAUGACUUCAUGGAUAGUGAAGGUGAGCCGGAUGGCGAUGAAGAUGUCGAAUGGAGAGACAGUGACGAUGAUGACCUCGUUGAUGAUGAUGGUGAGCGAGAUAGCGAUGAAGAUGCCGAUUGGAGAGACGGUGAAGAUGAUGACUUCAUGGAUAGUGAAGGUGAGCCGGAUGGCGAUGAAGAUGUCGAAUGGAGAGACAGUGACGAUGAUGACCUCGUUGAUGAUGAUGGUGAGCGAGAUAGCGAUGAAGAUGCCGAUUGGAGAGACAGUGAAGAUGAUGACUUCAUGGAUAGUGAAGGUGAGCCGGAUGGCGAUGAAGAUGUCGAAUGGAGAGACAGUGACGAUGAUGACCUCGUUGAUGAUGAUGGUGAGCGAGAUAGCGAUGAAGAUGCCGAUUGGAGAGACAGUGAAGAUGAUGACUUCAUGGAUAGUGAAGGUGAGCCGGAUGGCGAUGAAGAUGUCGAAUGGAGAGACAGUGACGAUGAUGACCUCAUUGAUGAUGAUGGUGAGCGAGAUAGCGAUGAAGAUGCCGAUUGGAGAGACGGUGAAGAUGAUGACUUCAUGGAUAGUGAAGGUGAGCCGGAUGGCGAUGAAGAUGUCGAAUGGAGAGACAGUGACGAUGAUGACCUCGUUGAUGAUGAUGGUGAGCGAGAUAGCGAUGAAGAUGCCGAUUGGAGAGACAGUGAAGAUGAUGACUUCAUGGAUAGUGAAGGUGAGCCGGAUGGCGAUGAAGAUGUCGAAUGGAACGACAGUGACGAUGAUGACCUCGUCGAUGAUGAUGGUGAGCGAGAUAGCGAUGAAGAUGCCGAUUGGAGAGACGGUGAAGAUGAUGACUUCAUGGAUAGUGAAGGUGAGCCGGAUGGCGAUGAAGAUGUCGAAUGGAGAGACAGUGACGAUGAUGACCUCGUUGAUGAUGAUGGUGAGCGUGAUAGCGAUGAAGAUGCCGAUUGGAGAGACGGUGAAGAUGAUGACUUCAUGGAUAGUGAAGGUGAGCCGGAUGACGACGAAGAUGUCGAAUGGAGAGACAGUGACGAUGAUGACCUCGUUGAUGAUGAUGGUGAGCGAGAUAGCGAUGAAGAUGCCGAUUGGAGAGACAGUGAAGAUGAUGACUUCAUGGAUAGUGAAGGUGAGCCGGAUGGCGAUGAAGAUGUCGAAUGGAGAGACAGUGACGAUGAUGACCUCGUUGAUGAUGAUGGUGAGCGAGAUAGCGAUGAAGAUGCCGAUUGGAGAGACAGUGAAGAUGAUGACUUCAUGGAUAGUGAAGGUGAGCCGGAUGGCGAUGAAGAUGUCGAAUGGAGAGACAGUGACGAUGAUGACCUCGUUAAUGAUGAUGGUGAGCGAGAUAGCGAUGAAGAUGCCGAUUGGAGAGACAGUGAAGAUGAUGACUUCAUGGAUAGUGAAGGUGAGCCGGAUGGCGAUGAAGAUGUCGAAUGGAGAGACAGUGACGAUGAUGACCUCGUUGAUGAUGAUGGUGAGCGAGAUAGCGAUGAAGAUGCCGAUUGGAGAGACAGUGAAGAUGAUGACUUCAUGGAUAGUGAAGGUGAGCCGGAUGGCGAUGAAGAUGUCGAAUGGAGAGACAGUGACGAUGAUGACCUCGUUGAUGAUGAUGGUGAGCGAGAUAGCGAUGAAGAUGCCGAUUGGAGAGACAGUGAAGAUGAUGACUUCAUGGAUAGUGAAGGUGAGCCGGAUGGCGAUGAAGAUGUCGAAUGGAGCGACAGUGACGAUGAUGACCUCGUUGAUGAUGAUGGUGAGCGAGAUAGCGAUGAAGAUGCCGAUUGGAGAGACGGUGUAGAUGAUGACUUCAUGGAUAGUGAAGGUGAGCCGGAUGACGACGAAGAUGUCGAAUGGAGAGACAGUGACGGUAAUGAUCUCGUCGCUAGUAACGGUUAG